AAUUAAACUACCCAGAAAUGGGUGAUGGCUUCAUCAGACACGUAUGAGGUGAGCACAUGAUUCUCGAAUUCCUUUCUUUAUUUUAUGGUUUUAUCUUUACUUUCCCCCUCUUUCUUACAACGUAGGUAGACGAAAUUGUUGGCAGGCGAACUACGAAGGGCGGCAAAGAAGAUUAUUUAGUUCGCUGGCAGAAUUAUCCGCCAUCUUUGACGACGUGGGAACCGAUUCAGAAUUUCUCGAAUUGUCAGGAAGCCAUUCAAGAAUACUUCGCUAAGCAUUGGCCGAUUCCAGGUAGAGUUUACGUGAACGUAUCUUUGCAUCUAGUAAUGGCGUCUGUGUUUAAUUUGACUGCAUGCCAAGGCAAGGCACGAAAUAUGUUUGGUGUAUUCAUUAAAAAUUUACACGGAAAUGAAACUACAUAUUUUAUACAUGCACAGGCAAAAAUGAUUUGAUUAUUUACAUGUUAUGUAAUUACAUAUUACAUGUUAUGUAUUAUGUGAUUUGGGGUUGUCUGACGUUUUUGACCAAGAUCUAUAUGUGCAUGUGGAGGUUUGAAUCACGUUACGUCAUUUGAUCAAAUUCUAAAGUUGUUUCUUUUUGGAUUUUUUUAUUAAUUUGGUUUAUAGAGUUAGGGUUUCAGGUGGGGUUAGGGGUUAGAGUAGGGGGUAGAUUUGGGUUAGUUACAUAACCAUUUAACACAUCUUUUGAAAAUGAGGUCGCCUCAGUUUGGCAGAUGGAAACAAGUGCUGAUCACAUGUGGAGGGACUUGGUGUGCACUUAGCCUGAGGUUUGACUCAAAACCAGUUAACCGAACCUGCAGCCCUCCAAACUAGAGUUUCUCAGAUUGUUUACCUACGGGACAAAAUUAAAAUGGAUGCACAGGGCCGCAGAUUUGAUUCCCGCAAUCCUGCCCGCCAUGUUAUAUUUGGAAUGUUGUGAGUGUUAUGCACCUAUCAAUGUUUUCCCCCUGAGAGGGGGGUGCAGGCAACCCAGAGGAAUUUUGACAUUUUUAAAAUUUUGUAGUCAAAAUCCCCACUGUUGGGCAAGGAACGGCUGUCAAAAUUCCCCACUACAUUCCUAAAAUAACGAGGCACACAUAUGUUUUCCAAUGCGAACAUACAGUCUAUACUGGUUUAAACUUGGUAAAAAUUGAGACACUGUGUGUAAAAUACCUUUUCCGAUGAAACUUGAUCUUGCUUCUCUGCCAUACUUGUUACCAGGCAAAACAGCACAAACUUUCAAGAUGGCGGAUGUCAAAAUUUCCCGACUCUGGGAGUUGAUGCAUAGGUCAAAUUCCCCUCACUGGAGCUUCAUAGUGUGGUCAAAUUCCCCUGGGUCGCCCGCACCCCCCUCGGGGAGAACAAUGAUAGGUGCAUUAGUGAAUGUGGGGGGCUGACACACAGGGGAGCUUAUAUUUGGGAGGUUUAUGGUGUCGUUGGGCAAAUAUUGGAAUUGGUGGAAUGAUUUGUAUUUCCGAUUGUGUAAAACUAAUUGUUGAGAAAAUACCCAUUUUAAAAAUGAUCUGCAUUGCGCAUUGAUAUGCAAUAUGUUGCCGCUAAGAAAUUAAUGUGUGAAGCUUGCCAUUUAUGAAUGGUUUUAACAGCCUUUGGUUAGAGUAACACGCUAUGUUGGAAAUUAUUGUUAAAAAUCUAUGUUAAUGAUGUCACCAUUACUUGGUUGACUGACAUUAUGUCAUUAUGACCAGGGCUCGAAUUUUAUCGCGGCAAUUGCCGUAGAGGGAGAACAAAAUGCUGUGGAUCAUUGUGGCAACAACGGCAAUUUUUUGCCGUAUAGUGCAAUUUUUAUACUAUUCACUGUGCAUUACUAUUUUGAUACUUGAAUUCAGAUGUUGAUCAAAUCAUGCGUAAAUCACUAUUUUAGUCUCAGUUUUCUUUGUUAAAGUUUUGUCACAGUAAUUUCAAAAAUGCUGUGGAAACUGUCAAAAUUAUCGUAGACAGCUGUUACAUUCUACUGCAAUUUUUAACGCCAUUGCCGUCGAUUGAUUUCAGGGAAAUUCGAGGCCUGAUUAUGACAUAACAGCCCUCAAAAACAAGGUUGGCAUUCGGCAAUGCCGACGUAAAUGCCAACUUAUCAACCUCCAUGAUUGGCAAAUUUUUGCCAACCUUAAUUCAUGCAGCCAAAGUAAGAAUUUUUUCGGGUUUUGAUACAUGUAGCUGUUAAAAAGUCAGCGAUUGUAGAAUUUGAUUAUUAGUUUGAUUAACUAAACACACUUCGAUGUAAGGUUUAAAAAUUGACGGGUACUCUAUAUAUAAUUUAGGUAAGACUCCAAAAAGAAAAGCCGUUGUGUUACUUUUCAAUGAUUCGUAAAUAUGUGAUUACUAGUGUCCCCACACAUGGAUACAGAUUUAAAAAAAUUGCAGAGACGUGCCGACCUAGGUCAACUUCAGGUUGGCAUUUUUUGCCAACCUCAAUUUUGACAGUUGUCGAGGGCUGCAUAAUUAGAAAAUUGGCAUUGGGUAGAUUGUUGCAUUAAAUUAAUAUUCAUUAGUUUCCAAUUGUGCCACAAUCUGUCAAUCACUAGUAAAGUUUAAAAAAAAAACUGAAUGUGUGACUAAUUAGCCCAUUAUAUCAUUUCUGCAUAGGGCCUAAAAAAAAUACCUGUGGUUCCUGUUCCCGACCGACUUAAUUUUUUUCUGCCGACCCUAUUAUUUUUUCAAUGCGAUUGACCGUGCGACCCUAUUUUCUCCGGGUGAUUGCGGGUUGCUCAUACAGCAUGCCAAAAUGGCGUCUGUUGUCACACUAAUUAUUGAACCAAAUUGCCUAAAUUCGUCCAUAGGAAAUAUGCAUCUCUAGUUAAUAUUGAUGUCAGGACUCUACCGCAAAAUCGCCCAGCAAAACCCGCCAAAACCAUGAAAAAAAUAUUCAAAAAAAAUUUAUUUCCGACCUACUGACCCUAAUUUUUUCACGAUAUGAAACCGAAACCACAGAUAUUUUCUUUAGGCCUAGUAAAGCAGUUGCGAUAUAUCGAUAUUUUCGAUAAAUAUCUAUAUUUCAAAAAUAUCGAUGUUCGAUAUUCGAUUUUUUGCAUAUCGAAAAUAUUGAAAGUUGUAACUAAACAACUUAACUGAUCUCCGAUUAUUCAGCAAUUAUUGUUUUCACCGAUGAAGUUUAGACAAUGUGUGUAUGGCGGCAAUUGCGAAUUUAUGAUAUAUGAGUGCGUGGGCAAUUGAAAUUAAAAGCGAAAACAGAGAAACUGACCACAGAAGAUCACCAAACAGCGGUAUUGAACACUUGAAAACAAUAGUUUUGUGAUGAAUCAUAAACAUGGAAUUCACAAUAAUUUGAAUGUUAAUUAAUGACGCGCGUAUCGACACAGGUUUAAAAACAAGGUAGCAAAAUAACACACACUUCUUUUUAACUGUUUGUGAUGCGUAUACAUGCAAGUUGACUAAAUUACGUUUUCUCACUUGCAUAAUUCGAUAUAGUCGAUAUUUUUUUCGAUAUCGAUAUAUCGAUUUUUUUCAGUAUCGCAACUGCCUAGGCCUAGUUACUUAGUAUGUGUCAUGUGACAUAAGGGGCGGACCAUUUGACUUUUGGGGGGGGGGGUGGAAGAUUUCGAAAAAAAAUUUCCUGCAACCCAAGGAGAAAGAAAAAAAAAAUCAUGCAGCACACAAUCGAGAAAAAAAAAUAUCAUGCAAAAGAGAGCGCUCAAAAAAAAAUUUUCUACAUGUAACUCUACUGAUGCUCUUCACUUCAGUAUUGUGUCCACAGGCUUGCAAGAUUUUGCAUUUUUGAGCAGGCACAUUUGCUUAAAAGAACACAGGGUGAACAGUGGAUAACAUCACAGGGAUUCUACCGCCUUUGGAGCCUCUGACAUACGAUAGCCAGUGGUGUUCCCUGGCAAAAUUGUUGCCCCCCCCUGAGAAAAUCUGGGCUUAAGAUAAUUAUCCAUGGCUGAAAACGCAGGAAAUAGCAUUUCCGAGGUUCAAAUUUUAAAAUUUUCUCGGGGGAGCAUGCCCCCGAACCCCCCAAGGUUACAGGUCAUUCAUAUACUGUACCCUCCCCCAUUUUCGAGUACUCUACUCUAUCCCUGCAUGUUUUAGGUUUUGGUGCAGUUAUACAUUCUUUGUAAGUAAACUUGCACGCUUUAGUGUGGGGAACAUUAAGACAUAACCAUAUAUAAAAUAAAGCACAGUGAAAAUUCCUUGGCCCCUCUUGGGAUUCAGUUCUCGGCCUCCUCUGACUGAAAACCCCUGCUACGUCUCCGAUGAUAGCUAUAUGAAAGCCUAAAGUUACUGUAAGCCGUUAUUAUGAGAGGCAAAAAAAAUAUCCUGCGGCCAAAUAUAUUGGGAAAAAAAUAUCUUGCGCUGCACUUUUACAGGAAAAAAAUAUCUGUCUCGUUCGCCUGGGCGGAAAAAAAAUUCUUGCACAGACUGAAUCUUCCACCUCCCCCCUCAAAAAUCAAAUGGUCCGCCCCUAAUUUCAUCACAUAGGUAUGUAGUCUCUGAGUGUUCAUCACUAAAAAUGUUCUUUCGUUAUCAGGAAGUCAAGCUUCAAGCGUUUUGCACCUUGCUGAGAAACCAAGUUUCUCUCAAGGAAAGAAAGAACUGCUGACGUUGCAAGCUUUGCCUUUGAAGAAACGAAAGAAACUCUUGCGAGGAGUUCGGAAAGAACUGAGAGAGGAGAUACUUCGCCGUCAAGUGGAGGAAAAACCUUUGUCUAAAAGUGUUUGCAAAGAACUUCAGUUACCAUUUGUGCUUGGUAUUUGUUUAAUUUUACCACUAUAUUUAUUCCUUAAAUUUGUCAUCAGUACUUGUAUUUUGGGCAAAAAUUAAGAAAAAUGAUACGUUAUAUGGUGACUCGCUGUAUUGGUGCUUGAAUAUUUUCUCGCGUAUAACCAUCUAGUUAACCCAUUGAGUUGCAUUAUUAUUCUACUCUGUCUAAUGUAGAACUCAGGGGCGAAACAGAAAUACCGUAUUUCUGUUUCGCCCCUGAGUUCUACAUUAGACAGAGUAAAAUAAUAAUGCAACUCAAUGGGUUAACUAGAUGGUUGGGCAGAUAGUUUGAUUAAUUAACCUAUUGAGUGCCUGUAUGUUCCUCUUGAGGAGUAAAAUCUGGCAUUAGACCAACCUCGUACCCAGGGUCUUUCCUCUUGGCCAGGGGAGAAAAGACCCUGGUAGAUGCUGGUCACAUGAUCUGCUAAAAUCUAGCAGAUUUUUUCAAUCCAAGAUGAAGUCUAUAAAUAUUUGAUAUUUGGAUAAUUUUAUAGUUUAAUUUAUAAUUUGCUUUUGUAUGAUUGCAAUAAAUGAAUCCAAUAUAGUUAAUUAGAAAUCUGCUAGAUUUUAGCAGAUCACAUGACCAGCAUCUACCAGGGUCUUUUCUCCACAAAAAGAAAGACCCUGGGUACGAGGUUGACGAUUGGGCAGAUAGUUUGAUAACGUAUUGAGUGCCAGCACUCUCCUCUUGAGGAGUAAAAUCAUCUGGCAUUAGACAGAGUAAAAUAGUAAACUAUGGCGCAUUAGGGUGCAAUGCAACUUAAUGUGUUAUAAUGAGGUUAAGGCAUACACACGUAAAAACGCACAAGUUGUAACAAACCUGCAGCAGAUUUGUAGCAAUGCUGUUCCAACAACUUGUCAACAGGAUGUGUUCGCACUGCUUGUUCCCAGCUUGUUAACAAGUUGUCAACGGCUUGUUGACAACUUGCUACAAGGUUGUUCAGUUCAACAGACUUGUUACAACUUGUUCCAACAACUUGUUAUCGUCCUGCAAUUCAACAACUUGUCAACAAGUUGUGAGUGACAAGUUUGUAACAACUUGAUAAAAUAACAGCAUUGUUACAACUUGUUGACAAGCUUGCUACAAGCCUGUUGCGAACACAUCUUGUUGACAAGUUGUGAGAUUUUCAGUACGUGUGUAGGCGGCUCAUUGAAUGUUGUUAAUUGACAUAAAUAGUAAAUACUGCAGUAAAAAUUGUUAAAGAAAUUCAGAACAUCUCCAAUUAGCAAAUUACAGCUUAUUAAAUACAGGACUAAAGAUAGUCACUUACACGCGACUCAUUGCGAGGACAGCGAUACGACGUAUAUAAAUAAUACCCUAUUAUUUAUAUACGUUGUUAGUACUUGUCAUAGGGGAAACUGAUGGUAGUCAGUCAGUUAAAUAUUUAAAUUCUUGCCCUAGUAACUCUGUUGUCAAAAUCUUCUCGCAGAUCAAGAGACGAUGGUGAAAUUUAAUGGAACGUCGCCAGAUAACUAUAAUCGAAGUCUUAGAAACCGAAAUAUUGAAAAUGAAAAUCGCAUCAAGAAAAAUGUGAAAAGAAGACCUGGUCGCCCAGCAAAGCGAAAGACAGUGAUUGCACAAGAGCCGCAGCCAAGUGUUCCUAAUGCCGACGAACAGUUGGCCCUUUCUGUAAAGCUGCAAUACACUGUGAAUCAUUCGAAAGAAUUACUGAAAUCGAAAGGAAAACUAAAAGGUUGGCCAGUGUACAGUAUAUAAUGAAUAUUUAAUAGACAACUUGUUAGACUAAUUUUUGAUCUAGGCAAAAAAAAAAAAAUUCCCGUAAAGAACUUAUUAAAAAGAGUAAAAUUGCAAAAUUUGAUUACAAAAUGUUGUAGAAUACGAAAAUAUAGCCUUGCGAAGUCUGCAUAUUUUCUAUAUGUUUGUAAUUACGUUCGCAAAUUGUUACAAUUUUUGAGCCGAAAAUGGUAACAAUUUCCGCACGUAAUACAAACAUUUAUUAUAUAGUAGAGAGUGAGAUACUGAAAAAUACAUAGUGAGAUACUGUAUUUUCCAUAUCUUCACUAGUGAAGAUAUCGAUCACGUGACUUUUAUUUUAUACAAUUGUUUUGCUUUGAACUAUAUAAUGAACAUACGAACAUUACACGGUGGCUUCGCGCCGCUAUGUGAUAUCCUUCAUAUACAAAAUUUGCAAACUUUGCAAGGCUAUAUUUUCCUAACCUAAACUUUGCAAGGCUAUAUAUUUGUACUACUAGUGGUCUUGGAUCAUGUUGAAAUAAACGUUAUUGUUUUCAAUUCUGUUGUUUAAAGGUCGUAGAAAAGGGAAGAAAAGAAAUGGCAUUAUUUUAUCUUCUCAGAAGAAUCGUAUUGUGAUUGACAGUCCAACAUUGUCAUUGCCUUCACGUUUGACCAGACAGACGCUGCCAGAUUGUUCCUCAAAUUGUGUGCUCGAAGAGGAGUUGGUCGUCACCAAUAGAGAUGGUUGUUUAUACAUUAAGAUAUGCAACGAGGCGAAGAAAAACGUCAUCAAUAGACAAGUAAGGUUACGUGAAGAUCUUACUCGACUGUGAUUGGUUGGUUUCAGUGCAGUUAAUGUCAAACAGCAUUGCAAAAAUCUAUAACAAACUGAUCUGAUUGGUGGAAAAACAAUAAGAUCUAAAAUCAACCAAUCAGCUUAAAGCAGUCCUCAAGCACAGAAUAAAGACAUACAGAAGUGUAACUUCCAUUACAAAACCGUAAGGCGCUUUUUACCGAAAUAGCUGGCGGCCAUGUUCUUAGCAAGUGCCCUAAAGAGAGGCAUUCACCCCCCUGGAAUAUUAAAUUUUCAAUAUGUUUUCAGGGGGGUGACUGCCUCUCUUUAGGGCACUUGCUAAGAACAUGGCGGACUGAAAAAAUCCCUUACGCGAAAUUAACCUGAAGUGAGAUCUCUGUAUGUACUUCCUCUGUGCCUCAAGUAACGGCCACAGAAAACAAAACAACAAUGGCGGCCGCGCUACGUAAAGUAAAAGUUUGGUAAAGUAAAAAUGGAAAAGACUACAUCUUAAGUAAGACUAACCAAAUUGAAAUUUUCGAACCGUCAGGGUUGCUUAAUGUAACAAACCCGGAAAACUUUGUCUCAAACAUUUAUAUGUAUAGUAUUAAAACGUACUGGGAUGGUUUCUCUUGAAAUUUGAAUAAAACAAGUACCCGUAAGUUUAAGACCUCAAAUAGCACUCGUCCUUUGAACUCGUACUAUUUUGAUGCGCUUUGAAAAACUCAAUCGUGCAUGUUUUAUUCAAAUCGCACUCGGAACCAUCCUAUUACAUAUACUAAGCUGUUAGAUAACGCCAUUAUAUUGUGUUUUUGGUCCCAGAAAGCAAAAUAUUAUAUCCCCACUACUGUCCUAUGCUCUGCGCAACCAUCAACGAGUGUUUAAAGCAAGUCGUCUUUCUAUACUAUAGAUAUGUGAAGACAUAAUAACUGCCUUACGUGACGCUGGCAAGGAUGAUGUUUCCCUGGUGGUUAUAUCAGGAUCUGGCAGUACGUUCAGUUAUGGAUGGGAUCUCGAUCAAUUUGAAUCAGUCUCCCACUCUGACCGACGAGAACUGUUGCAGAAAUUCAGGUAAAACCUGUUUGCAAUACGUUUGGUCUGUGUCCGAAGUACAGUAGUACCAAAGAUGGAACUGGCCUCGUUUGUUAGAGCGGUGCAGGUUUUCCGCACGGGAGGGGGUGCAUUACCAGGGGGUCGUGUUGUGAGAAAAUAUAAGAAUACGUCUUGCUUCUAAACAAAUCCGAUGAAAUGAAUACAGUACAAAGAAUGCAUAGCAAUUUUUCCAUCACUCUUGUAAUCUUUAAUUUAUUUUUGUGUUAGGCUUUUAACAAGAAUGCUUGUGACAUGUCCUAAACCGUUGAUUGCGGCUGUAAAUGGACCAGCUGCUGGUUUUGGUGUUUCUCUUGUCGCACUUUCUGAUUUUGUGUUUGCUACAGACCAGGUAUGUCGUUGAUUUGUGAGUUAUUUGAUUUAUUGGCUCGCUUGUUGGUUCUCUAUUUCGUUAUUGGAUGAGGUUUUUUUGUGCCGGCGUGCCAGUGAAUUGUAUGAUGAUCAUACUCCCCCAUUCUGUUUAUAUACAACUCCAGUGCUUAUAGAUAACCUCCAGGAUUUUAAUCUUCUGAACUUGAGCUCGACUAAUAACAUUUACUGUACUAAGACUUUGAUAAUUCAGGAUAUCAAAAAAACCGAAUUCGAUAAAUGUUUUAUUUUACAUUUCAUUAACUCUUUCACCAAACAAUGUUAGGAAACUCAUUUACUAGGACCCUUGCUCGCCAUAUAGAGUCUUCAAUAGCCCAGUAGUUCGGGCAUCCGUCUAGGAGGUGGAGGGUUGUGGCUUCAAAUCCCACUUGGGCUCAGAACUUUUCUGGGCUACUUGUGGCGAUUUCACUUACAGUACAUCAACUUUUUUCUAAUAUUACAUAUAUAUAUAAUUCAUGAUUCUAUUUUUUUGUUUAUUUACUAUAUAAUAAACAAUUAUUCACUGACAUGAAGCAAAACAAAAAUGACCAAAAAACAAUGAAAAUACUUUUAAAACAUUAUUCAUUAGCAAUGGUUUUAAAGAAAACCUCUAUACAUUGGAAACUCGUGGUUUGGAAACUCUUUGUUUUAGGUGAUUGUGUACCCUUGUGCAGGGUCACGGUUGAAAAAUCCUUUGUCUUUCUAUUGUUUGAUUGCCUACUAGGGCUAUAUCUUACGGCAUAUUUUGCAAAUAACGAAGUAUUACCACCAUUUUUGGAUGGAGAAUGUUUGUGUUACAUCGUUUGGUCAAUUCUCAUUGAUUAAAACCAAUAUGUGCAGGGUCAAACUGACUGUUCAACCUCCAUGUUUGUUUAUAGCGUAAUUUCUUUGAGGUUUGCCGGGUUUCCUAACCAGGUCUUAUAACAACCAUGAUUAGAAAUAGCUUUAAAGAAAACCUCUACACACUGUUAAACAAAACUUUGUCGCUUUCUUCGUGUUUGACGAAGUCGCAGCUUCGUUUAGUACAAACAUUUGCUCGUCCAUAACCGGAACGAAACGGGAAGCCAUUUUGUUUUUGUCCGGAGGUGAAUAGUGCAAGAAUAUUCGGUGCUGUGCAACCAAUCAAAUUGCUCGAAAAACACUAUCCACUUUCCCAGUAUAUGCUAAACUAUAUUAUUUUUCCUGUAGGCUACAUUUCAAACAAAGUUUGCUGAAUGGGGUCAUCCACCUGUUGGUUGUUGUUCUUUUACCUUACCACGUCUACUUGGGACAUCACAGGUAGUUUUAAUUUAUACCCUGCAUGCACGUCUAAUGAUCUCGAAAAAAAUAGCUGGGGUAUUUUUUACAUUCGCGUGACAUUGUGGAAAAAGAAAAUUUCUGGGACUUGCUCAAGGACAAAUUGAUUAAAUUUUGGGUAAAUUUGGAUGAAAGUAGUGGAUGAGAGAUUUGUUGUCUUGCUGGGUAGAGUAAACUGAAUGCGUAAUUUAGCCUAUUGUAUAAUUUAUUCAAUUCGCUGGCGGAGGUAUGCACUCUCAGUGCCCUCUAGUUUUGAUAUAUAUUACUCGUCUGAUAAUGUACAGUACAUGAAAAAAUUUCUCAAUUCUGACAGUGCAAUUUUUUCGAAAUACAGUGCAAAAAAGUGAAAUACUGUGCAAAAAGUGCAAAUAAUACAAAAAAACCCAAACAUUUACGAGUGACAAAAUGUUUAUAUUAAAAUAAUCUAUUUCGUAUGACGCAUGGAGAUAACUGCGCAAUAUUUUCAUGUAUAUUAAUUUAUUAAUAAGUAAUCGUACGGUUUUUCGUGGGAUUUGGAAAAACAUGGUUUUUCUUUUGUACUCGAAACCAUAGUAUUUCCUUUUCAUAUACGAAAUAUCUACUAUGUUUCAGGCAAUGUCAGCGAUUUUAUUCAACACAAAACUCUCUGCUGCUACGGCUAAACAGUUUGGUCUUGUUGCUGAAGUUCUGAAGACGGAUCAGUUCGAUAAAGAUUUGAAAUCAAAUGUUCAAAGACUUCUCUCUGUUCCUUUGCAGGUACGUGAUUGUUUAUAUUUUAUAAAUAUAGCUGAAAACUUUAUUAAUAUCUGUCAUCACCAUACUUACCCGUGUGGGUGGUUAGGUGCAGACGUGGUCAGCUAAUGAUCUGGGAAGAUUUGGGUUGAGUCAACACACGUAUAAACGCACAAGUUGUUACAGGUCUGCAAACAAGUUGUUACAAAUCUGUCGACAAGUUGUGUGAACAACUUGUUGGAAGAAGUUUGGAACAAGCUGUUAACUUGUAACACGCUUGAUGGCAUUAUCAGACUUGUCACAAGGUUAUUCUAUAACAAAUCUGAUACAGUCCUGAUAUAACAAGAAUGUUACAAGAUUGUGGAACAACCUUGCAACAAGUCUGAUUCUAUCAACAAGGUUGUUCCAUUACAAGUUGUUAACAGCUUGUUCCAAAGUUGUCGACGGCUUGUUGGCAGACUUGCUACAAGAUGUGACUUUUUUACGCGUGUAGCCGUGUACACACGAAAAAAUCUCGCAUUUUGUAGCAAGUCUGCCCACAAGUUGUGUUCGGUAGUAGUAGUAGUUUAUUAAAUAUACGUAAAUUUCAGUUAACAAACUGAAUUGAUUAAUAUGUUUACAACAGGUAAUUUAGAAAAUUAUCAUAAAACUAUAUAACUAAAAUUCCCACUGCUUGUCCCAAAUUGUCAAUAGGUUUGGAAUAAGCCGUUUAAUAACAACUUAAUUGUAACAAGCUUGAUGGCAUUAUCAGACUUUGAUACUGUAUUUAUCCUAACCCAUCCGGUCAACUUUCCCUGUGGGAGGAAACCGGAGCGCCCGGAGAAAACCCACGACGUCGGCAGAGCGUUGACAUUAGACUCUUUACACAUGAGUCCGUAGCGGGAAUCGAACCCACGAUCUCAAACGUGAAAUGCGCUUACUCUGAAUACUGCGUCAGCGACGCCGCGACACGUCUUUUCAAAUGGAAUAGCCCAAUCGUCAUUAAAAAGCCAUUCCCUUGUAAACUGUAAACAUCGCCUUAGUUAUUUUAAUACUUGUAAAUUUUGUUAAAUUCCAGUGCCUGCGUGACACGAAGACACUUCUGCAUGGAACAAAAGUCCAGGAGCUGGAGAACACAAAUCAUGAGGAAAUUGACCUUUUCUUAAAGUAUGUUAUUAACGACACCGCGUUGAAGAAUAUCCUGUCAAGAUGGCGGGUCAGUAUUCAAGAAUGAUUGAAUGUCCAGGAAUGAUUGCAUGUGCAGUGACAGUUCAGGUAUGCCGGUAUAAACUUGCGGUCAGAAUUAAUUUUGGUAAGGAAAUACGCUUUUCGAUAAUUACUUCUUCUUGGCCCGGGAGCCUCAUUCCCAUGAAUUACGAGGCAAUAGAGCUUAUGCAUAAUGACGUCACAAGGCUUGAUGCCCACGUGGAGUGCUGGUCUUAGUAGUCAUCAGGGCCGCCCCCCCCCCCCCACGUCGCCAAAAAAUUUUCGGUCAGUGUACCAUUUUAGGGGUAAAAAAAUUUUCCGGAAUACAAAAUUUUUCCGGACGGCUACGUUGCAAUUGCUUUCCAGGAACUUUAUCUCAUUUUUUUAUGCCAAAUUCCGGUGCUUAGCCCAAGAAAACAGAUAUCUUGUCCUUUUCGCGGAAAUAUUUAACACACAAAAAAGGCUGGGGCCCAACAAAAAUUUUUCAGGGGCCACCAGCAACCCGGGGCAAUUUGCCCCCCCCUGCCCCCCCUCUCGGCGGCCCUGGUAGUCAUCGCCCAGGAAAAUUUCGAUAGUGGCCAUUUUGAAUUGUUUAGUAAUUUUCUCGGGCGAUGACUACUAAGACCAGCAUUCCUCGUGGACAUCAAUCCUUGAUACGUCUUAUUUUUCGUCUUGAUUCAUAUAGUCGUGACGCAUUCUCUUUCGCAGAGCCAUCUUCAGCACUUGCAAUAUUAAUGUUAAAAGGCGCUGUUACGCAAUGCAAUCUUGGAAGCAACUUGUUCCUCACUACGCUGUCGCAACUCGCAAGAAUGGUUGCAUGAAACAACACGCCCUGUACCCUGUACAACACGCCCUGUAAUUUAUAAAGGAUGUUUUUUUUGUAGCUGUAAUGACAGAUUUCGUCUUUCUUGUCUGCAUCAAAAAUUAAUCAAUAGCUGGAAUCACCCAUUGAUUACUGUAAUCGAAAUAAUCACACUCACAUUUUUGUAUGGUUUGAAUGAUAAACGUACAUGCCAAUACAUAUAGUAUGAGAAAGACAGGCUUGAAGCUUUGCCUUUUCAUGUCUUCAAUAUUUUGUCCAAGACAUCAAUUGGGCAUGUACUGCUUUAGAACGAUGUACGGUUAGGUACAUUUACUCAUUUAGGUAUAUAUAUAUAGUGUUUUACAUUCGAUUUUAACGUACUUUUUCGAGUACAUUUUAACUUUUUUUCAUAUUUAAUGUAGCUACUGGCUAGUUUGUAUAAUUUAGAAAAUUAACAUAAUUAUUUGUAAACAUACGUGUUGACAAAC